AAAAUACACAAAUAUUAAGUUGGCAAAAUUUUUUGUUUCCUGAAAUCUUUUUAGAAUUUGCCGGCAUUAUCUUGCUAUAUCUCAGCUUGCUUUGAAAAAAAACGUGUAGUUUUAUUAACUCAUUCAAGAUUCCGACCUUAAGGACAAUGGCUGAAAAUGAAGAAUUAGGGUUAAGUAAUGAGGAUCAGGAGUUAGAUGAAUCAAAUGGUAUGACGGAUCUCGAUACCCAGUUAUUAAAUGAUACGGAUGGAGAUGGUGUAACCACAGAUGACCCUGAAUUGGAAGCAAUAAAAGCUCGUGUACGAGAAAUGGAAGAAGAAGCAGAAAAAUUGAAACAACUUCAAUCAGAAGUUGAUAAACAAAUGAAUUUGGGUGAUCCACCUGGUUUAACUAGUCCAUUAAAUAUGUCUUUGGAAGAGAAAAUGGAGGUAGAUAAUCGAUCAAUAUAUGUGGGUAAUGUGGAUUACGGAGCAACUGCAGAAGAAUUAGAACAACAUUUUCAUGGUUGUGGAUCAAUAAAUCGUGUUACUAUUUUAUGUAAUAAAUAUGAUGGUCAUCCCAAAGGUUUUGCGUACAUUGAAUUUGGUGAACGAGAUUCGGUCCAAACUGCGAUGGCUAUGGAUGAAUCUUUGUUUAGGGGAAGACAAAUUAAGGUAAUGCCCAAGAGAACAAAUCGUCCAGGAAUGGCAAUGACAAAUCGUCCACCACGAGGACGUGGAUUUCGAGGCGCUGCAAGAGUGGUCCGCGGAGCUGCUUAUUACGGCUAUCGACCGAUGAGGAGACCUAGGAGUUACCGAAGAGGCUUUUAUUCUCCUUACUGACACCGGUAUUAAUUGCUUUAAGCUAUUUAUGGCGUGGCUGAAGAGUCAAUGUUGUGUUGAAUCCACGCUGACAGGUUUUUAUACCGUCACAUUUUUUUUAGAAAUUAAAAAAAAAAAAUCAAAAAAAAAGAAAAGAAAAAUACGAUAUUCAUCAGAAUCAACUAAAUUCCAAAACAUUCCCCAUAUUUAAUAAUAAUUUAGAUUUAUUAUUGUAAAUAGAGAAAUUAACAUUUUUAAAACUUUCAAACAAAAUAGUAUUACGUUCGUGAUGUUUUGGAGUUUUUGGACAAAAAAAAAAAGAUAAUUUCCUAUUUAUGUUUGAGGGGCUACAACUUUCAUAGAUCAAAACAAUCCUUUUUUGAAAAAAGAAAAAAAUGUGUAAAUAUCUCUUACCCAAAAAAAAAAUCGAAAAAACUUGUUAGUGAUCCUCAAACAGUUUUCAUCAUUUAGUUUU